AAUUGUUAGUGUCCAGAAAAGGGGAAGGGAAAAAAAUCACAACGUAGACAAUAUGGUGUGUGAUAUUAAAUAUCAAAAUAUCCCCUGAAAAGGCAAACAAUAUCUUUUAUCUUCUUUACAAUAUUCCAUCUUCUUCCAUUUUUCUUCUUCUUUUUUUUUUUCACUCAAAUAUCUCUGUUCCCAUAACACUGACACCCAAGAAAUGGACGGUUCAGAAGGAGAAGAAGCUCCAAAUCCAAAUCCCGACGAAAAUUUCCUAGUAAUUAGAGACGACUAUUUUGUUCAUCAUGAAUCCCCUGUUUUCCCCCCAAUUCUCCACGAAGAUUUGCCAGUACUAACUGUUGAGAAUCACAUACCCUCCUCCGACGAAUCGGAAUCAUCGGAAUCGUCGGAUUCAUCGGAUUCAUCGACUCCGGAGAGUUCCGAUAUGCGACUGAGAGCCGUUGUGGUAGAAGCUAUUAUGAGGGGUUGUGAGGUGGUUAAAGCGAAGGUGGUUUCUGGAAUUGUUGGAUUUGGAUGCUACGGUGUGAGAUUACGGUCUAUUUUCGGGGCUACGGCAAUGGCGGGUUUGUUGAUUGUAUUGUUGUUUUUGUUAAAGAUGAAGAUGAAGGUGUGGCUGCCAUGGCGGCCACGAGGUUUGGCUGUUCGUAGGGAUAAGGAAGAGCCUUUGGUUCUUCUCCUUAAACACAAGGAUGAGAAAAUCAAUCAACUCUUACUUCAAAUUGCUCAAAUGAAUGAAACGCUCUCAGCUCGUCGAAAGGUUCCUGUUGUCAGAAUUAAAUGACGAAUGCAGCUUUUAAAAUGAUUCAAUUCCAUAUAGGAGUUGGUCAAAUUUGAUGCCAUUGAGUUUACUGAGACUUGUAAUGUAGUUUGUACAUUUACUUUUCUUUCAUACAUCUUAUAUGUCUAUACAUAACCUCCAAAUACUAUACAUUUAUAAAUAAGAAUAUUAUUAUACCUUAAGGAGACAAAA